ACCCGACAGCCUACCACGAUAUACGCGGCACUUAUCAUCUAUUCAUCACAGAAGCAAGUCGUGGAUCUUGUUACAGCAAUGAUACAACUCGCUCGGUGGUGGCUGGUUGGGCUAACAUGUAUCUCCGUGGCAUACUCUGCGACACCGAUGCCCAGAGAGAAAGAAAGUCCAGGUCCAAGUAAGCCUCCUCCUCUAAGGGAAAUGCCAAACAACACCAGGUCAAUGCCGGAUCCGCCGACACAGCAAGAGAUGGGAAUGCUAAUUAGAAGGCUUGCAUUAAAAAAUCUCACAGAAGACGAAAUUGAACAACUUUCGAUGGUAAGAAACAACCUCACUGACGAUCAAGAGUCUCAACUUGCUGAACUCGCUCUAAGAAAUGUAACUGACGAAAUGAAGCAGUUGAUAUUACAGAAGUUUAAACGAGCUGGCUAUUUGAGUAAAUUUGAACGAUUCAUUGUAUGGGCCCUGAAUGAGAGAAAUGAAAUUACAUCACAAGAUCUCAGGAAAACUAGAGAAGAAUUAGAAGAAUGGGCAAGGGAUGCGUUGAUGAAUUUUAGCCGAGAAGCAAGAGAGACACUGAAGGGAAAACUGGGGCGGCCUGGAGAAAAUCUGACUGAUGAUGACAUCGAAAAGUUAGAAGCUCUGAAACUCAGAGGGAAUUUGACUCAAGAACAGCGCGAUAAACUGGACGAAAGAAUUGCAGAGGGUUUGAAUGAAACAGAAAUAGAAGAGGUGAAGACUGCUUUGGACGGUGGAGUCCUCGGGGAUGACGAGCUGAAAAAACUGAAAGGCUUGUUUAAAGCGGGGCGCUUAACACCGGAAGAAAGGGAAAAACUGAAAAAGAUUGCAGGAUUGACGUCAACUGGAGAGUCACUAAGUGACAUAGCCAGGGGACUUGCAGUCAUCCCAGACUCAUUUGGACUGGACGAACGCGAGAAAACUGAUUUUCUGGAAGCCGGCGAGCGACUGAGAGAUGUCAUUCAGUUUGAUGAGCUGUCAGAUCCGGCUGCUUUGAAAAAAGUUCCUUGACGAAUA